AUGUAUAAUGAGAACCUUGAAGAAAUGAUUGACCUCACAUACAAUGAGCGUUAUUGCGCAAGGAUGAAGAAAGAUUGGAGUUCAGAGACGAAGAAAGACAUGAAGUUCCCAAGAGAACAUGUUUUCUUUGCUGACUUCGAAGCAUCAACUGAUGGAAACAUUCACAAAGCAUACAACAUUUGUUUCAUGGAAGAUGACGAUGAUGGUUAUACAUCAAUUUGGGGAAGUGACUGUGCGUCAAAAUUCCUCGAAGCUUUACCAGAUAAGAGUUUAGUUUAUUUCCACAACUUAUCGUACGAUGUCACUUUUCUCAUGUCUCAGUUAGAAGAGAUUACAGGAACUCCAAUCAUCAAAGGUUCACAAACGAUGCAGAUACAAGGAAAGUACAAAGGAAAACUUCUCUGCUUCAAAGACUCUUAUGCAAUCAUCUCAACUAAGUUGGAAAGAUUCCCUGAAAUGUUUCACCUCACUAGUGGUGAAAAAGAAGUUUUCCCAUAUAAUUACUACACGGAAGAGUUAGUUAAUACAACUAAAGUUGGUAACAUCGAUGAUGCCAUGAAUCAUGUCAAAGAUAUUGAAGCUUUUAAUGAGAACAUUGAGAAGAUUGAAGAUUGCAAGAUUGAUGAUGAACACUUUGACAUGGAAGUUUAUUCGUCAUUCUAUUGCGGUCAAGAUGUACGCAUUUUACGAGAUGGCUUUCUUAAGUUCCGCAAUGACCUCAUGACUGAGUUUGAAAUAGAUGCUUAUGAUUAUGUUUCAAUAAGUUCUAUCUCAAACAAACUCUUUGAGAAGAGAGUAUAUUGGAAGAACGGUAAUCUCUUUGAUCUUGCAGGAAAACCUCGUGAAUAUAUUUCCAAGUGUAUUCAAGGAGGAAGAUGCAUGCUAGCUGAGAACAAGAAGCAAUACAAUGAAGGAGAACUCAUCACUGACUUCGAUGCUGUAUCAUUGUAUCCAUCAGCAAUUGCUAGACUUUACUGUUUAGAAGGAAUUCCAAAAGUUAUGACAGAAGAGAUGAAGAGCAGUGAAUACUUGUUGGAGCAUCUCUUUGAUGAUGACCAAGCUGAACCAACAAAGGAAAAGUUCAUCUCAGGAUUUUACUGUCAGAUCGAGAUCUUGUCGAUCGGUAAGAACUCAGCAUUCCCAUUGAUUGUCGUCAAUCCUGACAUCAACCCUGACUUACAUGUUGCCAGAAGUUCCAAUACAUGCUGCAAGAUGUUCGUAGACCACAUUACGCUUCAAGAUCUGAUCAAGUUCCAAGAGAUCUCAUGCAAAGUCAUUGAUGGAUACUAUUAUGAUGGAAAAAGGGACAUGACAAUAAGGAAUGAAGUUAAGAAGCUCUUCGAAUUACGUGCUAAGUAUAAGAAGGAAGGUAAUCCGAUACAAGAGAUCAUCAAACUUCUUUUGAACAGUAUCUAUGGUAAGACGAUAUUAAAGCCCAUUGACAAAAAGAUUCGUUUCAUCAAG